GCUUUGUGGAUAAGCAUCAAAACUAGACAUAAGACACACAACACUUUACUCUUAUCACCAUCAACUUCUUUCUUUUUCUUCUUAUUCUUAUCUUGUUUUCUUACCACACCAAAACGAUGGAAGUGAUUUCUGGUACAAAGACACCCUCCUCCUCCUUGAAUCCCAACGCUCCGAUGUUUGUCCCACUCGCUUAUCGUACGGUGGACGAUUUCUCCGAUGAAUGGUGGGCCCUCGUUCAAUCAUCCCCUUGGUUUCGUGAUUACUGGCUUCGUGAACGCUUCCAAGAUCCCCAAAAUCAUAACGACACUUCCUACUUCUCUGAUUUCGAGAUCGAUGAAGAUGAUCUUUUCCAUCAAAUCGAGCCACAACACGAAGAUGAAGGAGGAGACGGGAAAGAAAUGGUGAGGUUGCGAGAUUUGAAAUGGAGAGGAUGUGAUGGAUGGGCUGAAGUUCCUAGGUAUGCGGAAAAGGCUCCGAAGAUUGUUAAGCCCAGAGUGAGCCCACGGGCUAUUCAUCAGCCUAGGUAGAUGAUGACAAGUGGAAACACCGUUUGCGUUGUACAUAUAAAAGAAGAGUCGCAUAACGAGUAGAAAAAAAAUAACAAGACUUAUGAUUUCAGAUUUUUCUUUUCCUUUUUUAUUUUGUUUGUUGACUGGCUUGGUUGUUCUAGUUUCACAAACUCAAUAAUAACAUAAUUUCUUUCAAUA